UAUAUAAGAAGGUUCCAGCUCCAAACUUAGUUCCAGAAUAUUGUAAGCUUACAAGUUCAAGCUCCAAACUUAGUUCUAGAAUAUUAUAAACUUACAAGUUCAAGCUCCAAACUAACUUACAAGUUCCAGCUCCAAACUUAGUUCCAGAAUAUUGAAAAUGGCAUCAUCAUCGAACUCCCCAUCUGGUAGUAGCACUACCAAUAUUCUCCGUGUCAUUAGCGCAGAUGGAUUUAUUGGUUCCUGGCUACUCAAUUUAUUGCUAUCGAAGGAAUAUUACGUACAUGCGACCACUAAAGUACCACAACCAGACUGUCUUACUAAAUGUCUACUAUUAGGCAAAAUAAUGACUUCUUUUCCAAAUCAGCUUCGACUCUUUAAGUCAAAUAUUUUGGAUUAUAGCUCUAUUCUCCCGGCAGUUGUGGGAUGCAGAGGUGUUUUCCACCUUGCUUGUCCUAUUCCGUUUGCUCACGUUAAAAAUCCUUUGGAGGAAGUAAUUGAACCUGCGAUCCAAGGAACAUGCAAUGUACUUCAGGCUUGUAAAAUUGCUAAUGUCAAACGAAUAGUGUAUGUUUCAUCGGGGGCUGCCAUAAUAAAAAAUCUCUAUUUUUCAAAAACUGGACCCAUUAAUGAGUUAAGUUGGUCUGAUGGAGAUUUCUGCCUAAAAUAUAAGAGGUGGUAUUGCUACGCCAAGACAAUGACAGAAAAGAAUGCAGUGAAAAUUGCAAAAAGAGAUGCGCUUGAUUUAAUUAGCACUUGCCCUACUCAUGUUAUGAGACCAUUGUCAGAGUCACCCACUAAUGCUAAUGUUGCAUAUAGAAUUUUUGGUACUAGGCCUAGAGUUUGUUUUCUUUAUAGUGAGUGAAAAUGAAAUAAAGUGGCGUAUCAGAGGGACGUAUUUUGUAGUUUGUGGACAUAGGUCAAACAUAGUUGACCAUCAUCUAUACAUCUCUGACAUAGUUCACACAUAAUUUACAAAUAUAGCAUUUUUUUAAAACUCCAUUGAAAUUCUGGACUCAGACACGCGAUGUCUUACAGGAUGUCACGACAUCACUAUCUGAAUGUUUUCAAGCAAAUGAACAAAGAGUAAACAGUAAAUAACACAGGAAAAUUGUUAACCCAGUUCGGUGCAAACACACCUACAUCUGGGGGCUACCAAGCCAGGGAGGAAGUCCACUAUAAGUAAUAUUAAUUCAAGGUAAUGCAACUCAAUAUUACGCCUUUCACUUAAUAUCUACCCAAUGCAACUUCAAUCUAAACUGCUAGACCAGAGCUCCUACUCACUCCCCCUCAAUCACAGCAGUGAUGACAAACUAACAGACGAAAAGCAAAAGAAGACACUCUUCAAAAACACACCUUGAUCUUGCUUAAAAGCUUCGAUCAAGAACAAUAGUACUCGUGCUUGAAAGCUUUGAGUACUUUUUACAACUCAAAACAAAAACGCCUAGACCAAGACAAUCAUCAUGAUGAUUGUUUGGCUUACAAGAAAUCGAGUACACAGACGAACAGCACAACAAA